GGCGGGAAGCGCGGCGCCGCGGCCGACAUGUUCCAGGGCGCGGAGGGCGAGGGCGGGCGGCCCGGCUCCAGAGCCAUGAAGCCCCCCGGAGGAGAAUCCAGCAAUCUCUUUGGAAGUGCUGAAGAAGCUGCGCCCUCGAGCAGACCCAACAGGAUGGCGUCUAAUAUUUUUGGACCGACGGAAGAACCUCAGCACCUGCCCAGGAGGACCAAUCCCCCAGGGGGCAAAGCAAGUGGCAUCUUUGAGGAGCCCUCCCCUGUGCAAGCCCGACAGCGUCUGAACCCGCCCGGCGGCAAGACCAGUGAUAUUUUUGGGUCUCCGGUCACUGCCACUUCGCCCUUAGCACACCCAAACAAGCCCAAGGAUCACGUUCUCUUACGCGAAGGAGAGGACCCAAGAUCGGACCCACAGGCUGCAGCAGGAACCGCACCCAAGGAUGAGAAAGGAGGCUCGCGGGAAGCAAGCCGUGCCAAGGAGCCCGAGCCCGCACCCACGGUCGACAGCCACGAGCCCAGGCUGGGGCCACGGCCUCGCUCACACAACAAGGUCCUGAACCCACCAGGGGGCAAAUCCAGUAUCUCCUUCUACUGAGAGACGCCCCGACCCCUCUGUAGCCAGGCAGGAAACUCCAGAGCUAGGGCAAGACAUGGUCACUUUUAGCCCAAAUGAAUUGGCGCAGCUGUGAGACUGGCUGCUCACAGAGCUCCAUGGUGCUCGCUGCAGGGCAGCUUGACAAGGCAGGUCCUUCCCCUGGAGGACAUCUAAGAAUGACAGGAAAUCGGGCUGGCCCGGGCAGGGUCCCAGGUGAGACACCCCACCGGAUGCGGCCACCUCUCUGCCAGCCAAGCGCUGUCCACCCCGGAGAGGCCUGUGCCUGGGCUCCGCCCGCCGCGCCUCCUGCAGCCUGCUCCUCACCAGCUCUCAGCAGACCCAGCACGUUUUGUGGAGGUCUCGGGGCUGUGGUGUAGGAACCUCGUUUCCCACGGGCACUGCUCAUGCGUGCUCUCUGCCCCAUCAGUUUCCUUGUGAGUUGAGCCUGUUCUCAUUAGCCUUAAGUCUGGGCCCUUGUCUCUCGCCACUGAUCUAAACAGUUCCCCCAUACUUCCCUGUGUGAUGCCCCAGCAGCCCCCGCCCCCGCCCACAGCUGGUCCUCUAGCUGGUUGUGGGAACGUGACGCCACAGCCUUCACCCACAGCUGGUCCUCUAGCUGGUUGUGGGAAGCAGAGAAGCUGGAGGACCGAGGAUGCUUUACUCUGAAAAGCUCUCUGAAUAGCGGCCUCACAUAAUGACCAUAGCCUCUGGUCGAUGUCCAACACCUUUCCAGAGAGAGCCUUAGGGUGGCCUUGGCAGAGCUUGGCACAACCUGACACAUCGUACGCACAAGGGACCAGAAACGAGUAGAUGUCCAGCACAGACCCUGAGCCAGCUCGGGCAGACGUCCUCCCGGUCACCCCGAGGGCUGCCUCCGCGCCAGGCCUUGCCCCAUGCCUGGGGUGUCCGGGCGGUGCCUACACGCUAACACCAGGAGCUAGACACCCUUGCAUCGUUACUGAAGAACCUCAGCUGUGUUCAGCCUCGCUCCCUUCACUCUAACCUAAGUGCCUGAUCCCCGUUCCACGUCCUGUUCUGGCACACCAAAGGUCCAGCUUUCAGUCGCCCUGGGAGGGCUGCAGGUGCUCGGGUGUCUAAGAGAGCGUCCUGGUGGGGUGAGGGGGCGUUUGAAAUGCUGCUGAGCUCCAGGGCAAACUGACGUGGGUAGCUGUAAUGAAGAGAUGGAAAGAAUUGGAGAAUUCCCAGUUGGCUUACCCCGUGGCUGCCCCACGCCCCCACCGUCAGGCAGCUGGUGGAGGGCUCUAGUUCUGUCUGCCAGCAAGGUUGGCUGCGAAAGGAGGAGCCACGGCAGUGGCCUCAAGGCUGAGCCCUGGAGGAACCUGCGAGUUGUGUCUGCGCUGGUAUUGGAGGCUGAAAUGCUGCGAGCAUCCUGUUAGUCUAAGGUGCAUUAGGAAAUUACUAGUCUGUGUUUAUUAAGCCUUAAAACUUCAUAAGUGCAUUUGGUGCCAAGACAUUUCUAGAGCUGUAUCAAAACAAAAAGAAUACUUAACAUCACGGUAUAAUUUGAUAGGAAUGUUUUGUUAUUUUUACAAUUCGUAAUUGGGUGUAGCAGUUGAAUUAAACCUAGCGAUCCUGUCCUUGG